AUGGCGCGGCCUCGAGUAAUCCUUGGGCUGCUGUGUGCAGCUACCACUGCUAAUGCUCUUUUGGCACCGGCCGUGCCGCCGCGGCGCGCGGCGCCGCUCCACGUCAUCGAGACUGAGUCCAGCACAGACGAAAAAGAGAUUUUCAGCGAGACGACGUCUAUCUCCGGCGCUCUUGCCGAGCUUUGGCAAGUCCUUGCGAACCCGCCGCCGCCCGGAGACUUCCGAGCGAUGUAUUUCCCGAACUGCGAAGACUUGAAGCGGCCGCAGACCUUCCAAGCCUUGUUCGAGCAUCUCGAGGUCUGCAAAGACUCGUCGCAGCGAGCCACAGCGUGGAAAUCAAAUUUCGGGCGCCCCACCCAUCAGCGCACGGCUUGAUGUCACUGGUUGGUUUCCACACAGGAACUUUGGAGCGCACAUCCACGCGAUGCCAGGCCCUGCUAACAGCAUCAUCGUAAAAAACGUGCCGCGGUCGACCAACGCGGACGUGUGGGACGAGUGGGCUGACGAAGACGAGGAUGAUGAUUUCUUGAGCCCCGAGAUGCGCGAGCGGCUCAAGGCGCUCGACGCGGAGACCGCGCCGCCGGUGGAUAAAUGUCCUAUCCAGCACGACCUCGGCGACGACGACGCCCUGAAGUGCUCGAAGGACUGGGUGAACGCAAUCGUGAGCGAUGCGGGCAUUUGCCCCUUUAGCCUGUCGGCUGACCGCGCCGGCUUACCUCUAGGAGACGUACGAUACGACGUUAGCACCUGUGUGAAAAUCAAAUCAAAUUUUCAGGCGCCCCACGCCAUCGACGCGACAACAUCACUCACUGGUUGCUUUCCACACAGGUAACUCGUGCCGACGAUACGGAGACGUGCUUCCAAUGGUUCUGGAAGGAGGUGCAAUGGCUCGAGGACCACCCUCGACACGCGACGUCGCUGCUCCUGAUGACAAAUCCGUACUGGGCCAGUAACUUUGACGCGUUUGAGCAAUUUGGCGACGCACUAACGCAAGCCCUCCAAUCGGCCACGGAAUCAAAGGUCGAAGGAUUGGGCUUCGAGGGCCAGAUCCAGCUCGUUUUCUUUCAUCCUCAAUACGUGUUCCGAGACGUGCUCUUGCGGCGUCCUUUAUUAUCUUUGCGUUGUUCGCGUUGGCAUCGCGUGCCACGUCCACGUCGCGUCGAUGGCGCCACGCGCCACGCCAUCGACGUGAUGCCCCACGCAGGGUGGCGAACGCGCGGGGGCGGAUGCUGCGGCCAAUUACGGAAGACGGUCACCGAUUCCUAUGAUCAACAUCCUCCGCACGCCUCAGGUGAAGGCGGCGCAGAAGGGCUUGCCGACUGGGCUCGUGUAUUCACAAAACGAGGAGACGCUCGGCGACAUCGGCACCGAAAAACUCGAGGAAAUGCUGCGCACGCUCGACUGGAGCGCGGUCAACGACGUGAAAGUAGAUAGGUCGCAAGUCGAGGUCCUCAAGAUCGCCCGAAAAAUGAUGGCGCAGGGCGGAGGCAUCAAGGCGACAGACGACCUCACGCUCACUGGUGGAGCUGCGGCGGCGGCGGCGGAAACAGUUGCGGCGGCGGCGGAGACCGCUGAAAUUGUCGUCGCGGACUGGGCGUCGGCCGUCGACGAAGCGUCGGGGAAUACUUACUACUACAACACGAAGACGGGCGCGACUUCGUGGGUCUGGCCGCCAGAAUAGGCUUUGUGUAACAUAC